AAGGCGGGCGGCGCCGCGGCGUUAAACAAGCAGCCAUUGUGUCUUUGAUGGGUCGUCUCCCAGCAGAGGAUCUGCUCAGUUGGCUAGCGGAACAGCAGCAGCAGCAGCAGCGGAUGGUAGAGAUUCAGCUCCGGUUACCAGCCUCAAACUGAGAUUUGUUACAGCAUUCUGUGUUUAUGUGAAACAAAGAGAAGUGUGUGCAGGCUGUUUGUGGCGCGUCCAGGGGGCAGAUGAGUUUGAUAGGCGACGUUGUCUUGUAUGGAAUGACAACCUCACACCGAUACAUCGAAUCCAAACCAGCGGCUCGGUUUGCUGACAUGGAGUGGCAGACACCAGCUGUGUCAGAGAAGUUUCAAAGCCGUUUUGGCCGCCGGCCUGGAACAUCGGACAGUGUGGACACCGGUCUUGGCACCUCCGCCUCUGACAGCACAGAAGAUUUCUGCAGUUCCAGCAGCAGCCCCCCUUUUCAACCCAUCCGGAGUCAAAUCCCCAUACCCACUGCACAUGUCAUGCCAUCCACGGCCGGAGCCCCGGCCUCUAAGCCCAAGUCCUGUGUCCAGGAGGACUCCAUGUCCUCUGUCGAGGGUCACAGGUCUUCGUCUGGAUCCAGAACGCCCAGCGGCUCCACCUCCAAGUCUUCCUCUCUCUCCAAAUCAGCGUCUUCGCCCAACUUGGAUGCUCAGACCAGCGUGGGAAGCGAUCUUGUGGGGCCAAAGACAGACUGCCUGAGCCGCUACCGCAGCCUUGUGAACGGGCUGGACCACUCGCUCUUCCCUUCGGAUCACACGCGGGUGGAUGAGGGCCAGAGGUUUGACACUCCUGCCGUGGAGCCUACACUAAAUCAGUCAGCCCUGCUGGGGGGUUUUUGCCCUGAUGUCAGACUCCGAUUACAGACGACUGGGAUUAGAGACACCCCAGACUGUGUGUCUGAGGCCUACAGAGGAGGCAUGGAACACAGCUAUAAAGUUCUCCCUGAAACCAGGCCUGGGAUUCCCGGCACAGCAGAAACCUCUAAUCAGAGGGGUCAGCCCGGUGCAGCCGGAUCCCCUGGAGUUUACGCAAACCCUCUCAGCCUGCAGACACAGGCUCUGCUGAGGGAGCAUGCGGGCUCCAAGGGUUAUGAGCCAUUGCGGCAGGACAGAUGUAGUGAAAUAUCCAGCUGGCAGCAACAACAGCAACAUAAGCAGCAACUGGAGAGUUUACGCCUGCAAGUGGAACAAAUGCAGAUGAUGAGUGCUGGAGUGGGUCAGUACCCGUCUCUGUACUCGACGCCCACUCACUCAGAGUCCGGCAAGUGGGACGCUCUGGUCAAAGCCAGCGAGAGUUUGCUGAAGGAGAAAGAGCUCAUCAUCGAGAGACAAAAGCAGCACAUGACCCAGUUGGAGCAGCGACUGAGGGAAAGCGAGCUGCAAGUCCACGGGGCCCUCCUGGGCCGAGGAGCUUCUUAUGGAGAUAUGUGCAUGCUGCGGUUACAGGAGGCUCAGAGGGAGAAUGUGUUCCUGAGAGCGCAGUUUACCGAGCGCACCGACUGCGUCGCCCUGGAAAAGGCAGAGGCAGAGCGCAGGCUGGGGGCGGUCGAAGCUGAGACUCGACGACUAACCGACAGUCUGAAGGAGACCUGCGAGAGACACGCAGAGGAGAUGAAGAAACAGGAAGAAAGGAUCCGCAGUCGUGACAAGCACAUCAACAACCUGAAGAAGAAGUGUCAGAAGGAGUCCGAGCAAAAGAGAGAGAACCAGCAGCGCAUUGAGACUUUGGAGCGCUAUCUAGCCGACCUGCCCACGUUGGAGGAUUACCAGAGCCAGAACAAGCAGCUUCUAGAGGCCGAGCAGCAGGUGGCUCAGCUCCAAGAGAAAGUACGAGAGCUGGAGGCCUGUGUAGAGACGACACACUCACAACUGCGGGAAAGAGACGCACAUCUGGAAGAGCAGAAACGCAGGGAGAGAGACCUGCUGACCACCAUUACUGAAAUGCAGCAGCGGGUACAGCAGGGCCUCGAGGACGGAGCCAGGCUGCCUUCCCUGGAUAUCGAGACACUCAGAGGAGAGAACAACACUCUGAGAGAGGAGCAGCAGAGACUGAAGAAGGUCAUCGAGAAGCAGCAUCGGAUGAUGGAACAGCUUGGCUCACAGAUCCAGGCUUUGGAGGAGCAGAUAUCUCAGGAAGAGAGCAGCUCUCAGGCUCUCAGAGAGGAUGCGUUGGCCAAAGAGCAGAAUGUGUUCGAGCUCCACACAGCCAUGAAGGAGCUGUCAGCCCAGAACCAGGAACUGAUGGAGCAGAAUCUGACCCUGCAGGAGCGAUUGAGCGAUCCAGAGCAUAGGAGCAGUAGUCAGGCGUCCUCGGCCCUGCAGCCGGCCGGGGCUCGCCUCACACAGAGGUUACACGUAGAGAUCGCUUCCUGCCUCAGUGACCUGCGCUCCUUGUGCAGCAUUCUGACCCAGAGAGCUCAGGGACAAGACCCCAACCUCUCCCUGCUGCUUGGCCUCACAUCACCGCCACUGGUGACGGAGCAGGCCGAGGACUGGAUGAGUCCAGAGGUGCUGCAGAAAAAGCUGGUCGAAGCUCAACAGCUCCGUCGAGACGUCGAGGAACUGCGCAAUGUGAUACUGGACCGUUACGCGCAGGACAUGGGAGAAAACUGCAUCACCCAAUAACCUUUGCCACCCAGGUGAUAAUAGAAACUUGCAGAAGCCCCACUUCACCUCUCACACAUCUAAAACAGGCUCGUCUUUCUGUUACUGAGUGCCAGAAAGAGGACUGGAAUUAAAUUUUCUUAAAAUGAGGACAGAGGAAAGCCCAAAUGGUUUAGCUUCUUCUUCUCUCAGCUGACUGUACGAUGAUUCUCAAGCCUGCCUGUAGCUCAGACCCCUCCCAACCCCCCGGUGAGUUCAUCUAUUUCAGUCCAAGGGCUAACGGAAAAUAACUUACCUCUAAUACUUGAUCCUUAAGCAUUGUGUGUGAGUGUGUGCGUGUUUUCUUUUUUGUUUUUUUAAUGACAUGAUACUGUCAGUUACCAAACAGUCUUAUACUUUGUGUUUAAGUAUUUGUGUAGAAGUCCCACAAAUAUAAUUUAUUUAAAUCUUAAUUUCCCUCUCGAGGGGAAUUAUUCAAGAUGUGGUUGACAAUCAACUGAAACUAUUUUUUAACUUUUGCUUUUAACUGAAUUCACAACAUGUUACUAACAAGCCAUUAUUUAAAAUGGUGAGCACUGUAACCGUAGACUCUGCUGUGAGGUAGAACACAACCGAAGGGUUUAAUACCAAAUCAGCUUCUCGCACCGACAGGCCUCCAACAGUCGUACUACCAAAGAAACUCUGGUCGAAGCAGUUGUGCAAGUCUGUGAAUGUUUGUGAAAGCUUCUCUCUGCUGCAGGCCUCGUUCUGAAUGAACACCAACCUUGUGCCUUUCUGUCACGUUUGCAACCACAAUGCUAAUUCAUUUUUUUUAGACCAACCACAAAGGGCUGUUUGCAGCUGACUCUUCCAAUAUGACCUUUUCUCUCAGCGUAUCAACCAGUAGGAUAGUCAAUACAUUCCCUGACUCUGAAUGUAGCAGAUAGCUUUGGGCCACAUCGCAGAGCUUGUGGAGGCCCCCUACACUGUUUUUGUUUUUGUUUUGUUUUUUUGUUCAGUUAGUUGAAACUCUUCAGUCUGUGUGACGUUCGUAGAAUCUGCUGCGUGUAGACGGAUAACUUCACAGUAUACUGUGCAUUUCAGGUUGAAAAUGGCUGACUCGCAUUUGACAGUAUUAACCUUCAGUAUUAUUUAUUUUUCUUUGUUUGCAUUGACAACUCGGUGAGUCUUUCUAAUGUGUUGCUGUAACAAUGUGCUAGUGCGUCUGAGCGAACAUCCACAAUGUGUAAAGGUCCCAUGAAGUGGCUUUUAGAUAGUACUUUUCUCAUGUGGUUUUAUGUGUGUCAUAUGAGGUGAGAUUUAAUGUCAGGAGGGACAAAGA